GUUUUUAAACUUGUAUUGCUAUUUUUUUUGUAAAUCAGGGACGCUCGUCGCUGACAGCUGAAUGCCCCACGGCCCGGCGACCUCCUCUUUCGAUUGUACCUUGACCUAUACCCUCUCAAUGUUGAUGAUGCUUUCAUAUACACUGUGAUGAUGAUAAAUAUAGGUACAUAACAUACCUACAUGUACAUACUACAGGUACAUACAUGAUAAUUGAUAAGUACUUGAUGUUCCUACAAAUCCUGCCAAAAACAUAAGUGAUCUUCCCGGAAACCAGGGUGCAGGGGGGGCCUUGGGUGCAGUCAUGGAUAAGAACUGUCAAAAUAAGUCCAGCAUCAGAGAGCAGCUCAACACUGAAGAUGAUUUAAGGAGUUGUGUGCAGAUCGACCAUGAGGAGCCAGCAUCAUCUAGCGACAGCAUUGCAGAGGAUAGUGUGCCUACCGAUGGGGCCAACAAGCCGGCCAUGGCGGCUGACUUUGGUGGCGCCGACGCCAGCCAUCCGGCCGGUGCUGGGAGAGAGGGAGCAGACGUCUCGUCUGCGGGCGGAGACAGCCGUGCUGGGGGUGAUCCUGAGGGCGCCCUGUCUGAGCCGUCAGGGCAUGUGAGCGGCCCGGCGGCCCGGCAGGACACCGGACAGCCGUCUGCGCGCUGCUCGGACUGCGCGGCCGGUCCGCUGUUCCCGGAGGAGCCGGCAGCGGGCAGUGAGCGCCGGGCCGCGCCGUCAGACAGCGCUACCGGCAGCCAGAGGGGAGGCGCCGACAGCAGCAGCCAGCCCGCCGACCUGCUCACCGCCCAGGCCCGGCUGCAGGAGGCCAUCGACAAGGUCGAACAGCUCGAUCGCAGUCUGGAAAAGAAGCUGAAGGAAAACCUGGAGGCCAAGGCUGUGACGGCCGACCUGCGCGCUCUGGUGCGUCGCGAGCUGGCGGAACUGGACGGCCGCCGCGCCGGCCGGCAAGCCAGCCGUGAGGAGGCCGACAACACGCUGCAGUUUCUGCGCGUCCUCGUCGACAACGGUGAGACGUUACUGCCGUCGCCGACCCGCGGGGUGUAGCUGUCACUGCGGCGGCCGGCCCGCGGGCUGCAGUUUCUUUCCGAGUGCACAAACUAAUCGAAUGGACGCUGGAAAUGUCUUGCGCGUGAAUAGACAGAUCGAUUGUA